AUGUCACAAAGAAAUAUUCGGGAGGUUGAAAUUGAAUCGUCGCUACAAAAUUCCAGAAGAUUUCAACCAUUAAAGUUAACAUUACAUCCACCGAAUUUAAGACCACAAUCAUCAUUCACGUAUGAUGAUAUAGAGGACUUUAGUAGUGAUGAUGAAGAAAUUACCAGUGAAGAAGAGGAUAAUAAGGAACCAAAUAAAAAUCUAUCUCAUCAUUUCAAAGAGCUUAUUGAAGAACAACAACCACAAAAAUAUAGUCUAAAAGCAGAAGAUUUGAAACUGGAAUCAAUUAAAAAAUUUAAAAACAGUUGGAAUAACAUAAUAAACAAAUACUCAAAAAUAAAAGAUGAUUUAGAAAGUGAUGAACUAGAUCUAGUAACUGGUCAAAUAAUUACAGAUAAUGGACAUUUAAAAAAUUUAAAUAGUGUUGAUAGAAAUAAUUUAAAAAAUGUGAACAUUUGGAGGGAAGAUUAUGAAAAAGAAGAACAUAGAAUUAAAGAAAGAAAUAGAAGACAUAGGGUUAAAAAUACUAGAUUAGCAAAUUUGAAAUUAGAUCUUAAUAAAAAUACCAAGAACAAUCAAUUAGAAUUUUUACAUGGAGAUACUCUAAGAGAUGUUUCACCAACUAAAGGAUCAAUACCAACUGCUUUUCACACAAAAGAAGAAUCCCCAACUAAAAAGAGAAGAGUAUUAGUUGAUGAUAAUGAUGACUUAGAGCUGCUUGGGUCUGAUUCGGAGGAAGAUGAAUAUGAAGUAAAUACAGUCAAAGGGAAAAAUCAAGCAAGAGAUUGUAUAGACUUAUUUAAUGCUCCAAUUUUACAACCAUUCAGCAAAACUUUGUCAUCGUCACCAACCAAAUCAACAAGUUUUUCAAUGAUGAGAAGUUCACCAGUAAAAAAUAAUAAUCUAAAAAUUGAAGAUGGUCUCCUUCUGAUUAAAGCUGUAUCACCAAGUAAAAAAUCAAGAGAAUCCACACCUAUUAAGAAGUCAAGAGAGUCAACACCUUUGGAGUUUCAUGAAUUUAAUUUUCUUGAUCAAUCACUGCCUAAUCCAAAUACAAAAGUAAAGACAUUAGAAAAUGAUGGAGUUAUUAACAAUGAAAGUUUUACGGAUAGUUUAUUAAAAACAAAAUCAAAAUCUUCACCACCAACAAGGGAUCUAAUUGAUGAAUCCUUUACAGUGAUAGACGAACUUGAAUUUUUCAACAUAAAUAAUACAACAAUAGCAACUUCAGACUAUUCUUGUUGCUUUGAAACAUGUAAAUUCUUAACCACCAUCAAAAGUUCUUAUAAACAGCACUUACUAAAUGAACAUUCAAAUGCAUUGUAUAGAUUAGGUUAUCCAAUAGAAUACAAGAUAAACCAGAAUGAAAACUCAAAUUUACAAGCCAACAAUAUAAUAUAUGAACAAUUUCCAAUUAAACUAAAAGUACCUAAAAAUUUCGAAUUUUCAAUUAAUCAAAAUCGACUAAAUAAUUCCAUAUUAUUUUGUCCGAUUUUAGGUUGUGGAUUUUUGACUGAUGGAGGAUUUAAUGAAUGGAAAGAUCAUUUAUUUCAAGCUGAUCAUAUUGAAUAUGAAAAUGAUGCAACAUACGAGAAACAUGAAAUCAUUGAUCUCACAGAAGAAUCUAAUGACAACGAAGAGAAGAGAAGUAACACAUCCAAUUUGACAAUAGAUAAUAAUAAUUCUAACGAAGGUUAUGAAUCAAUAGACGAAUUAUUUAAAUAG